AUUUAAACCGGUCAGUCGUAGAUGGAGAGCGAAAAUGGAAGUUCGUCAUAUCCAACGAUGUCGCUCGUAGCUUUCACUUGCUUAUGAAAUUCCGCGGUAGGGAAAUUCCAACGACAUUGAUUCGACCUCUCCACCAUCCCAAUUCCCAUCAACAAUUUUCAGCGACUUUUUAUCUUAUUCUUUCUUAAUCCAUUCAACCAAUUCCUCAUAUUCACAAUCCCCAAUUCGAAUCCUGCCAAAACCAUCUCUUUAUCCUCUGUUUUCAUGGUCCAAACGCUUCUUCACUUCACCCCCACAUAGCCCUUUUCCUCAUAUUACUCUCUCUUUCUCUCUUCCUUAGCUUCUCCUUUUGACCCACAAUCCAUUUCCCUCACUUUCUCCGCCGCAUUACCCUCCCUCCGGUUAUCGACAGGAAGCAUUUGAUGAAAAGACGAUGACCCUUUUCUCCCUUCGACCUCUGUUCUUAUCUCAGCAAUCAAUAAAUGGUGGAGAAGAAUGAAGGAAUCUAUCUGCAUCAAGAUUGAAGAAUAACAAGUGUUGGGGGAGACAACAAGAAGAUGGUGCUCUCCGGUGCCCAGCCCAUUCAAUCUUUUGGACUGGUGGAUGUGUAAUUUUAAGCUACCCUGAAUCCUCAAGAUAUUAGAGAACUUGGGGGUCAUCUCGUAACCAUGGUAGAAGGUAAUGAGACAUUGAAAGACUCACAGAUGGCCUAUGAAGAGGCAUUGGAUGCACUAUCCUCAUUGAUUGUCAACCGUAGACGCUGUGAUAAAUCUGGAGAUCGAUUUGAGUUGAUGUUUGAAUAUGUAAAGAUGCUUGAUUUGGAGGAGUCCAUGUCGCAAAUGAAGGUCAUUCAUGUAGCUGGCACCAAAGGCAAGGGAUCUACAUGCACCUUUACUGAAUCCAUAUUGCGUAAUUGUGGCUUCCGCACUGGCCUUUUCACUUCUCCUCACCUUAUUGAUAUCCGAGAAAGAUUUCGCUUGGAUGGCAUUGAUAUUAGUGAAGAGAAAUUUUUAACCUAUUUCUGGUGCUGUUAUAAUAGGUUAAAGGAGAAAACUAGUGAGAACAUACCGAUGCCUCACUUGUUUCGCUUUCUUGCAUUACUUGCAUUCAAAAUAUUUUCAGAUGAGCAGGUGGAUGUAGCUAUAUUGGAGGUUGGCUUAGGUGGAACUUUUGAUGCAACCAAUGUGGUCCAGGCACCCAUUGUAUGUGGUAUAGCUUCUCUGGGUUACGACCACAUGGAACUUCUUGGAAACACUCUUGGUGAGAUAGCUUCAGAGAAAGCUGGUAUCUUUAAGCAUGAGGCUCCGGCUUUUACUGUAUUUCAACCUGAUGAAGCCAUGCGUGUGCUUAAAGAUAAGGCUUCGCAGUUGGAUGUGCAACUUACAGUAGUGCCAUCAUUGGAUCCCAAGCUACUUCACGGUCGUAAACUUGGGCUUGAAGGCGAGCACCAGUAUCUAAAUGCUGGUCUUGCUGUUGCCCUAUCCUCCACUUGGCUUCGCAGGACUGGCCAUUCCCAACUGUCAUAUGUAGAGCAAAGUAGGUGUUUGCCUGAGCAGUUCAUAGAAGGCCUUACCACUGCCAGCUUUGAAGGACGAGCACAGAUUGUUCCUGAUAAAUAUACUGAUGUUGAAUCCUCAGACGAUCUUGUAUUUUAUUUGGAUGGAGCCCAUAGUCCUGAGAGCAUGGAGGCUUGUGGUAGAUGGUUUUCUGCUGCAGUAAGACAUAACCAGCUAGGCAAUUUCAAAAAUCAGUCGGAGGAUAAUGGUAGUGGUACAUCUUCAAAUAAACUUCAAGGAUAUGAUAACGAUGAAGCAAGGAAGAAAUCAGUACAGGUACUACUGUUCAAUUGUAUGGCCGUGCGAGAUCCACAAUUGCUUCUUCCACCUCUGAUCAAAACGUGUGCAAAUAAUGGUAUCAACUUCAAGAAAGCACUCUUUGUUCCAAAUACAUCAGUCUUUAACAAGGUUGGAACCCAUGGUUUACGAGAAACAGAUGGGCAAGUGGACCUUUCUUGGCAGUUUCAUGUUCGAAGGAUAUGGGAAAACACCAAGCCAUGUGACAAAGGAAGUGAUUCUAAAGGGACUAGUGCUGUACUUGAAGAAGAAAGUGAAAAAGCAGAAGUGGGUGGUAAGAAUUGUGAGAAUAGCACAGUGUUUUCUUCUCUUCCACUGGCUAUUAAAUGGCUCCGGGAUAGUGUCUUGCAGCAGAAUCGGUCCGUUCGACUUCAGGUUCUUGUAACUGGAUCCUUGCAUCUUGUGGGAGAUGUACUGAAAUUAAUUAAGUGAAGUAUGGGAUCUGUUUGGAGUUCAUUGUGAUGGGACUAAGCUUGGCUGGGGGACAAGAACCUGGGUGCUAGAUUUCUCUUGAACAUUCAUCUUCUCAGAUUUUGAGCCACAACACCAUUUUUGUUAAAUAAUUAGACCACAAGAAUUUAGGUAAUAUUGGUCAUAUCAGGGCCACAUUUGUUCUCUAUUUCAUUAAUUAUUCUUAUGCUUCAGAACUGAGCAAUAAUGAAAAUUGGUAAUAUAGAAACUAUUCUUAAUGUAUCACAUUUCCAGGGUUGGUUCA